GGAGCGUUGCCCAGCCUCCAGAUGACCGGCAGAGCCGAGGGCAGCCAGGCAACAAUCGGGUCCACGGUCGAACCCGUAGACCUGCAUCUCUCUUGUGGCCCAUUUUUCUCGAACGAACAGGAUUCCAGGAAGAUUCCAUAUAUAGACUUUGAUCCAUAUUCACCGAAUUCGAGGCCGGUUCCAAUCAUCAUUCCAGGUCCUGUCCGUUUCUGAUCUUUCGCUGGCGAUUUGGGCCAGCAGAUCAUGGCCUCGCUGCUACAUCGUUGUGUGAUUUGCCUGUCCUUGCAUCUAUCGCUUCGCACAGAGGCCCUUCAACUGCAUGAGGAGAAACCUUUAUGGGAAUACGUUGACCUCGAAGUCAAGCCACAGCAUCUUCAGAAGAUUCGUCGGACUCGUCGAGCUUGGCCGAUGCCUGCUAAUUUCACUGACCCCAAAAUUGGUACAGGAGGUCAUGGACACACUUUUCCAGGGGCGACAACACCAUGGGGCAUGGUACAGGUGACGCCGUGGAUUCAUGAUAGCGGGGGUGCUUCCUCAUGGGAUACACAAAGUGGCUAUCAUGCAGAUGUGGAUCAGGCAAGAUUUUAUGGGAUGGCUCAUACGGCCCUCAGCGGAGCUGGAUCUGGGGAAAUGGGCGAGUUGCGCCUGCUCCCCUUGGGCCAAGGACAUGACUCGUAUAUGCAUUUAAACAUGAAGACAGUCACUGCAUCGGUUGGCUACUUUUCUGCGUAUGUUAUGCCACGUCGCGGAGGGAGCAGGAACAAGAUUCAGGGGGGCGUCUUUGUCGAAAGCACUGCUGCCCAGCGUGGUGGUAUCCACAAGUUCACAUUUCGUGCAAAUCGAAGGCCCUCAAUUGAAGUUGCCCUAGGUGAUAUUCCCGAUGCGUUCUGGGGCUACCAGUUAGUGGAUCAUACACUGGGGAAUGUUUCAGACAGGCAAGUUGAGGGUUGCGCUUCAAGUAGAAUUACCGGGAUCGGACAGGCAACCUCUUUGUUGUGCUUCGCCAUUGAGUUCAAUCAGCCUUUCUCCAAUGUCAUCGUCAAGGCUGGUAGCAUCGUCUUAGAUUUCGGUUUGAGUGAAAACAUCGUGCAUGCACUCGUUGGCGUGAGCCGCACAGAUAUGGAGCAUGCGCGUGGUAGUCUGUCUGAUUUGAAGUCGCAAGGACGUGGUUUUGCGGGGUUUGUUGCUUCGGCACGCGAGAUGUGGACCAGGGCACUGGGUGUGGUGAAGGUUGACAUGGAGGGUGCGUCGCGCAAGACCGUGCUGUACACGGCCCUUUACCACUCUAUGAUUUCACCCAGCCUGCUCUCCGAUGCAGAUGGUUCGUACCGCUUGCAGGGAGCCCUCGAUCCAAGUUCGGGUUCUUACUCAAAGAUGGGCGAGGGUUUGCUUCUGAGUGAGGUGAAUGCAAAAAUGCCCAUACGCCGAGCCAAACACGGCAUGCACAUGUAUUCCACGUUUUCUCUUUGGGACACCUACCGAACACUGCACCCACUCAUGAAUUUGAUCCAUCCAGACAUGUCCAAGCAGUUCGGCGGCUCUCUGAUGACGAUGGCAGAGACCUGGGGAUAUCUGCCUCCGUGGCAGCUGAUCCAGAGCCCCGCCGACAUGAUGAAUGGGGAUGGUGGGAGCAUCGUCUUGGGGACCAUGGCCAGGAAUGGUAUACUUGACAGUAAAGGAGUAUUCGAAGUUGUCAGGUCGGUGAGGAGAGCCCCAGUCGAUGAACGCAAGUAUCUGGACGAUAAUGGCGUCGUGCCCGAAGCCAUACCAGAAGUGGCGUAUUCUGUAGUUCCAGAGCACGUGUCAAGAUUCUUGGAGCAAGCGAAGGCCGAUCACUGUGUUAGCAGUCUUGCCAGUGACCUACAGAUGACAUCAGAUGCCGAAUACUUCCACAGGCGUUCAGACUUGAUCUUUGGCAUGUGGAACGAAACUCUUGAGGUCUUCAGCACAGACCGUGGGAACAUCAUGGAGGACAACAUGGAGAACAUGGACAACAUGGAUAACAUGAAUUACAGGGAGAGUAGGGACAUACCGAUUGCGAGCAACACUGAGGGAAGUAGUGAUGAGGAAAUUGAGGGAAGUGUUAGUGAGGGAAGUGGUACUAGGGAACAGGUGAACACACUUGACACGCAGACUGAAGCCUAUACAGAGGGAAGUGCAAGGCAGUAUUCAUGGGCAGCGGAUUUCGACAUGGGAAAAAUGAUGCAGCUGCGAGGCGGAAAAGAACGGAUGGCCUGCAAGCUUGAUCAGUUUUUCGAUGGGUCCACUCAGACUGGACAAGCCGACAUGUCGGGCAACAUGGGUUCGGCGAGUUUGGGCAACGAGCCCACGAUGCACACCCCGUUCCUCUAUAGCCGUAUUGGCUACCCUUCGAGGACUCAGUUCCAGGUCGACCGGGCCGUGAAGGAGCUUUUCUCGGAUGGUCCAGGUGGCUUGCCUGGAAAUGAUGAUCUGGGUCAGAUGUCGUCAUGGAUUGUCUUUCUGUUGCUUGGACUCUACCCUUCGGAAUGUUCUAACGAGUACAUCCUCGGGCGUCCGUUUGUAAGCAGCGCGCGCCUCUCUAUAAAGGGCAAUGUCUUGGCGAUCAACGUUGUCAACCAGACCGACGACAAUAAGUACGUGCAGCGCGCGACGUGGCAGGGACAGGAACUGGAUUUAGAGAACACGGGGCUCACGUUUGGCAUGCUCAGCAAAGGCGGUGCGCUCCAAGUUUGGAUGUCAAGCUCGCCUGCUGGCCCUACUUACAGUUGCUCGGGAUACUGAAUGCCCUGCUGAUGGAGUGGAGCAUCGCAGCCAGAAAGUGGCCCCGCAAACGCGGUGCGCUCCCAGUUCGGACGUCGAGCUCGUCUGUACGCCCUGCUGGACUGACCGCUCUGCUGAUGGAGCGGGGCACCGCAGCCAGGAAAAGGCCCGCCCCGCCUUCGGUGCUCCUCGCCCCUGGGCGGCAGCGAGGCCGGGAGGGGGCUCGAAUGCCACGCUGCCGUGCACGGCACGGGCGCCGUUGUCGCAGAAGCGAGUUGCCAGCGUUCUGGAUGCAGUGCCGUGAGGAGGGAGGAGGAGGAGGAGGAGGAG